AUGAAAUGGUUUUGGAUCAACUAAUUGUAAAACAAUUCAUAAAGUUCUAAUAGAGAAUUGAAAGCAUAAGGAAAAUGUUUAUGUAAUUUAUCAUAUUAUUAUUAUAAUACAGAUCAUAUAGAAUGUUAAAGUAAUAUAUUAGAUAUAAUUAAUAGAGUAUCAUAAUUCAUGUGUAACAUAUGGCAAGAAUGCAUGUUAAGAAUAUCCUCCUACUAAAACAACUUUGUAAUCAGGUAAUGUAUUUGAAUGUAUUUUGAUCAAAAACCGUUAAUGA